UUUUACCAGUGCGUCAGGCCUGACCCCAGUGAUCCGGACAUGAUCUCCACAAGAGUGCUGGACAUCAAGCUUCGGGAGACUGCAGAAGGCCUUGGAGAUGACAGCACAGGAAAGAAAAAAUCCAAAUUCAAAACUUUUAAGAAGUUCUUUGGGAAGAAGAAGCGGAAAGAAUCUCCUUCGUCCACGGGCAGUAGCGCCUGGAAGCAAAGUCAGGCCAAGAGUGAGGUCAUUGCCAUCGAGUCGGGACCCGUGGGCUACGAAUCCGAGGAUGAACUUGAGGAAUCAAGAGGCACUCCGAUGGGCAGCCGGGCCCUCUCGCAUGACAGCAUCUUCAUCCCCGAGUCGGGACAGGACCCAGCUCGACCUGUGCGGGUGUUUUCCCAGGAGAACGUGUGUGAUCGGAUUAAAGCUCUGCAGUUAAAAAUCCAGUGUAAUGUGAAAUUGGGGCCACCUCCUCCAGGGGGGCUUCCUGCCAAGCGAGCAGAAGAUGCUGGCAUGAGCUCUGAAGAUGACGGACUGCCCCAUAGCCCCCCUGAAAUGUCCCUGCUGCAUGACGCGGGUCCUAGCACAACCAUAAAGGUGUCCUUCGUCUCCUCAUCCCGGCCACCAUCUCCAGACCAUGCGAACGAUGCCGCCAUCUCCUCCCGGACCUCGGACAGCAGCCUGGCCCCCGUGGCUGACUUCAGUUACCCUCCAGAGUCCUCCUCCUGCCUGGACAACUCUGCGGCCAAGCACAAGCUCCUGGUAAAGCCCCGGAACCAGCGCUCCAGUAAGAUGAGGCGGCUGUCUUCGCGGGCACAGUCUGAGUCCCUGAGUGACCUGACCUGCACACCCGAGGAGGAGGAAUACGAGGAGAAGCCACUGCCCCAGAUCCAAAUGGAAGGGACCCAGGACUGGGUCCCAGACAGAGGCCCUGAGCCCAGGCCUCUGGCUACCUUGCUGCAUCCUGGAGGGCCCCGUGCCAGGCGCGGGCGCCUACAGCACUCCCCAGCACUCAGUGCCAGUGUGGAGGAAGGGCUCCCCCCUGCAGAUGAACCCUUAAGCCUCCCGACAACCCCAGAGGUCAGUGAACCUGCAUCAGACCCAGCUCCCUGCUUGGAGACCCCGUGUCUGCCUGAUGACGCUGUACACCCCAGGCCCAAUAGUGCAGAUCAGGAGGAAGUGCUGCCUGCCACCGCCCCAGCUCUCCCGGCUGUGGAUACAGCAGAGGAAGCCAUGUGUGCAGAAGAGGUAGUGUAUACUGGAGACGUGGAAAGCCCAUUAGCUGCCCACUGCCCUGAGGGAGACACAAAACCUCCUGAGACCAUCACCGCCACUAUCUCCACCUCAGAGCCAGCAUCUGAGCUGGAGGAGCCAGACAGAAACAUCCCAAAGGAAGCAGAACCCACACUGAAAGUGCAUGGGCCUGAACAGGCUGAGCAAGACACUACCGCAGCACCCUCCCCAAGCCCACCAAUGCCCAAGAGCUGCCUGAAGCACAAGGCCUCAGCCGUGAGCAUGGACCUCAGUGGGCCCCCUGCGCCUGCCUCUAUGGAGUCCCCCCUAGCAGAGACUCCUCUCUGUGUCCCUGACAGAGAGGUAAUUCCCCUGGAACAUCCCAAGACUGAGCAGGCCGAGUCUCCACGAGAGGGUCCCCAGAAGGCAGUGCCUGAGCGGAAAACCGAGAGAGGCAGUGGCAGAGGCCGUGGCAUCAGCGAGCUGCGGAGCGUGAAGAAGUUCUCCGUGUCCUCGUGCAGGGCGCGGCCUCAGGCAGGUGGCUCCCGGCUGCCGGAACAUCCUGGUCCCACUGGCCCCUCCAGUAUGCGCCUGCCCCUGCUGAAGAGCGGCCUGGCCUGGCGGAGCGAGGCAGCUCUCGAUGACCUCCAGUUGCUUCCUGAACCCCAGAUCGUGAAGCUGGACCCUGUGAAGCCACCAGUCUGUGACCUCCAGGACUCUGGCGACACAGCAGCCAGUCAGGCUGGACAGGGUGGGAGCCCACAGGAGGCAGUGUCCAUCACACCCAGCACGAGAGAGCCCUGCCCAGCUGCUCAGGAGCUAGCCCCAGCUGAGGACAGAAACCCCUUCCCAGUGAAGCUGAGGUCCACCUCUCUGUCUUUCAAAUACAAAGAAGGCUCUUCCCAGGAAGCCAAGGGGAUCAAGCGGUACAGUGCCGAGGUCCGACUGGAAAGAGGAGGGCUGACGCUGCUCCCCAAAGAUGAGAAAGCUCCCCAAGGGGCAGCCCCUGUGCUUCGAGGUGCCAGGUCCCCCAGCGACCAAGGCAAGGUGAAGGCCCGGUCCCCGGAGCAGCUCAGCUCCAAGCCACCUCUGCCCAGAAAGCCGCUUCUGCAGAGUUUCACACUCCCGCAUCCACCUGCGCCUCUGGAAGCCAGCCCCGGAGAAACAGAGAAACUCAUCCCCCCGUCAGACUCCAGGAAGGAGAGUAGGGCAGUGGAGAAGAAGUCACUACACAGGGCAGCCGAAAAAGGGCUGCCUCCCUCAGCAUCGGGGUCUGGCACUGACACCCAGCCCACACCACCCUGGAUCACCGUGGCUCGACAGAAGCGGCGAGGGGCCCCGGACCAGCCCCCCAACCAGGAAGACAAGCCUGGGGUGCAGACCUUGAAGUCUGAAACGGGAAAGCCAGCCAAGGCAUCUGAAAGAGUCCAGGAGCCCACGAAGCAAGCCGACUUUGUCCGCAGCAAGUCCUUCCUGAUCACCCCUGCUAAGCCCAACAUGGGUGGGAGGCAGGGCACCAAGCUGAACCUCAAGGAGGGACUGCAAAGAGGAAUCUCACUGUCCCAUCAGAACCUGGCUCAGGCUGCCGCCAUGACGGAGGAAUUGCAUCAGCUCAAGAGGGCCAGUUACGCCAGUGCGGAUCAGCCAUCCUGGAUGGAACUUGCCAGAAAGAAAUCUCAAGCCUGGAGUGACAUGCCCCAAAUAAUAAAAUAGAAUUGCAGCACCUUAAUCAUGAAUGUGCCUCCCUUGCCAGGCCACAUCAUUAAAAAAAAAAAAAAAGUGCCGAUGAAUCACGGCAAACAAACAGGGAAACUUGAGAUGGAUUUUAUCAUCAAGCAGGGGAAGGAGGAGAGAACCAGACUUGAGCAAAGGGAACAAGUGCAAUGCACAGCCAUCAUCCUGAGCCACAAGGGGCUCAAGACAAGAACACUGAGGACUGCCAGGCACGAGUCCCUGUGCCCAGAGGGGUACGUGUGAGGCUGUCAGAAUUCCCUGUGUAACAAGGCCUCCAAUGAGGAAGGGAAUAGAGAUGCAACAUGGAUGUGUGACCAGACACCGGGCAGGACCGGGAGAAAGCCUUUCCAGGAGGCCAGCCUGCGCUACCACCAGUCACUGCCUCGCCCACGGAGCCUGGCUUCCCCUUUCGUGUUUACUUCUAGGCAUGACGUUUAUGGUAAAACAGGGAUGCCGUUUCCAAGCGCAGCUAUGGACCAAUGUGUUUUCCUGAAGACAAAGCAGGAGAGAAAGGAGGUGUACCAGGGCUCAGCCAUUCACAGACUGUUUCCAAGAAUAAUUUUUAAACUUUUCCACUAGGCAUCUGUGUCCUUAACCGUUGCACAAUGCAUUGCCUGUUUAAUAAAAAGU